CACUGAGAAUGAACCCAAUGAAGAGAGAGUUGUGGUUUGUGCUGCUGCUUUGUGCAGCAGCCUUCACUUUGCCCAGCCAGAACGUCCACACACGAUUCAGAAGAGGAACCAGAUCUCUUAGAGUCACCUGCAGAGAUGAGAAGACACAGAUGACUUACUGGCAAUACCAGUCGUGGUUGCGCCCUAUGCUGAGAAGCAACCGAGUGGAAUACUGCUGGUGUAACAAUGGCUGGCCUCAGUGCCACUCAGUGCCUGUUAAAGGUUGCAGUGAACCCAGGUGCUACAAUGGAGGGACAUGUUGGCAGGCUCUAUAUUUCUCAGAUUUUGUCUGCCAGUGCCCUGAAGGAUUUGCUGGGAAACACUGUGAAAUAGAUACAAGUGCUACGUGUUACAAGGACCAGGGUAUCACCUAUAGGAGCACAUGGAGCACAGCAGAAAGUGGCUCUGAGUGUGUCAACUGGAACAGCAGUGUGCUGGCCUGGAAAGUCUAUAAUGGACGAAGGCCUGAUGCUGUUAAGCUGGGUCUUGGGAAUCACAACUACUGCCGAAACCCAGACAAAGACACAAAGCCCUGGUGUUAUGUCUUCAAAGUGGGAAAGUACAUUCCUGAGUUCUGCAGCACUCCUGUCUGUUCCACAGGAAGAAACAAGGACUGCUACUACAAAAAUGAUUUAACAUAUCGUGGCACCCAUAGCCGUACCAUGUCUGGUGCCUCCUGCCUCCCUUGGGACUCCAAGCUUCUAGUGCACAAGAUCUACACAGCAAGGAAGGCAAAUGCCCAGGCACUAGAUUUGGGCAGGCAUAAUUACUGCAGGAAUCCAGACAAGGAUAUCAAGCCUUGGUGUCAUGUGCUGAAGGACAACAAGUUAGCCUGGGAAUACUGUGACGUGCCACAGUGCUCCACCUGUGGUCUGAGACAAUACAAGAGGCCUCAGUUCCGAAUUAAAGGAGGACUCUUCACAGAUAUCACGUCGCAUCCAUGGCAGGCUGCCAUCUUUGCCAAGUACAGGAGGAUGCAAGGAGAAAGGUUUUUGUGCGGGGGUAUACUCAUCAGUUCCUGCUGGGUUCUCUCUGCAGCUCACUGCUUCCAGGAGAGGAUUCUCCCCCAACGCCUGACAGUGGUGUUGGGCAGAACAUACCGCUUGAUCCCUGGAGAAGAUGAACAAAAAUUUGACGUAAAAAAAUAUGUAGUCCAUAAAGAAUUUGAUGAUGACACUUACAACAAUGAUAUUGCAUUACUACAGCUGAAGUCAGAGUCACUUUCCUGUACACAGGAAAGUGACGCAGUGCGCACUGUCUGUCUCCCGGAGGCCAACCUGCAGCUGCCUGACUGGACAGAGUGCGAGUUGUCAGGCUAUGGCAAACAUGAGGAAUUUUCUCUUUCCUUUUCUGAACGUCUAAAGGAGGCUCAUGUUAGGUUAUACCCUGCCAGCCGCUGUACGACACAACAUUUGCUCAACAAAACUGUUACAAACAAUAUGCUUUGUGCUGGGGAUACCCGAAGUGGUGGAAACCAGGUCAACCUGCAUGAUGCCUGCCAGGGUGACUCAGGAGGUCCCCUGGUGUGUAUGAAGGACAAUCGCAUGACUUUGGUUGGCAUCAUCAGUUGGGGCCUUGGUUGUGGGAAGAAAGAUCUUCCCGGAGUAUACACAAAAGUUGUUAAUUACUUAGACUGGAUUCAAGAAAAUAUGCAGCCAUGACAGAAAUACCCAAUUCCCUGAAAUAAUAGAAGAACCUGAUAGGCUCCUCCUAAGAUACAUCAAAGCAGUGCUCCUUUAUAUAUAUUUCUCCUUGAGCCAUCAUCUAGUAUAAGUGUGGGCAGAACCCUUGGAAGAGGGGAGAGGCUAUAUUUUCAUAGGUACUGCCCAUUUUGGAAGUUUUCGGUGUGUAAUGUUUGAAAGGACAGAUCAAGUCAAUCCCUCUGGGACCAACACCGUCUACGGCAGAAGAGAGGCUGCCAAGGAGCCUAACCUAAUCUGUUAAUGUGAACAGCUUUGGAAAUAGGAACACAGGUUAAAAUAAAUACACAUCUGGACAGUAACAAAUGACUUGAUCUUUCAAGUCAUUGAUCUUUCAAGGAUUGUAUUCAAACUAGAAUGCCUAUUUAUAGUCAUAAGGAGGCUAAGUGUGGCCUCCUGGUAAGGACGGGGCUGGCUGGCCAGCUUUAAGUUCCUCAAAAUCACCCUUUAAGUUAUUUGACUUCUGCUUUCUCUACUCUACAACUCUUACAAGGAAUUUCUAUUAUGUGAGAGAUACAUCUAAUAAGCCUUAUUAGAAUAAAACUACUGCAUUUUAGUAACUGACAGAAAUUGUUUUAGCCAAUUUACAGAAAUUUUGUUUUUACUUUCUGUGGUCACAAUUCUAUAUUACACUGUAAUGAAACAAUAAAUUAAAAUAUAUUUUCACAUUUUC